AUGCACCUCCGCAAAAUCCCCUACUCCCUCGUCUUAACCGACACCGCCGCCAUAGCCGCCAACACCGACUCCUCCAACCCAUCCUCGCACUCCCAACGCUUCAGCACCGCCCACCACCUUGUCUCAGAAAUAGUCCCCAUCGUCCCAUCUAACCCACAUUUCACGCACGAAACACCCCCCUGGACACCCUACGGCUACACACUCUGGCACCCGCUCAUCGCAACCUCUCAAAACCUGGCCGAAUAUCACGAAAUCCUCCUUCCCAGCUUCCUGUACGAGGAUUUGUUGCGUUGCCACAGCGCGUGGGUAUCUACAUCGCGCAUCUCUACCUCCCUCCUCAACGACGUCGUCGAAACACUGCUCUGCACCAAAUCAGGCAAGAAACUCGCUGCCCUCCUCGACGGAAAGCGGCAAUGGUUCAUCCGCCUUGAUCAGAUGUCGCCUAAAGACUCGCCUAUGGGAGGAAAACUACCCAGUUCGACAGCCGAAGACGUCAUCACGAAGAUAUGUUCCAGCAUGCGCGCGUACGGCUGUCUGACGCGCGAGUUUGAAGAUGCGAAAAAGCAAAAGAGGGAGAUGGAGAUUAAACUCGUGUUGAAUCCGUGGGAUGAGGGUAUGGAUCCAGCAAAGGAGUUUCGCGUUUUCGUUCCGCCGCCUGCUGCGAAGACGGGACGAGAGGCCUUCGCGGCGCAGUUUGAGGUUAGUGCGAUUAGCCAGUAUAGGUGGCCGAUGGGGUUCGAAGCGCCAUGGGGGUUUGAAUUGCAGCGGACUGUUGAGUUGGUUGAUGUGGGGGCGGAGAAGGUGUUGGGGGAUAUUGUGGCGUAUGCGGAGAAAGAGCUGAGUGAGGAGAUCAUGGGGUUGCUGUUGAGGUAUGGGUUUAGUUAUGAUGUUGCGCUGCAGGAAGAUGGGGGUGUACAGUUGGUGGAGAUCAACCCUUUUGGCGCGCUGUCGGGAUGUGGAGCUUGUUUGUUCAAUUGGGUUUUGGAUGGAAAGGUGCUGUAUGGGUUGGAGGAGCCGGAGUUCACUGUGACUGUGGAGGAAGAAGGAUAG